GCAGUUCUCCUUAUUCCUUUUCCUUGUUCUCAGUCAGAAAAUUGUUCCUGGUUCCUGCUCCUACUCAUUCUUCACUUGAUUCCAAGACUUAGUAGAAGAAAAGACGCUCAAGAUGAGUACGGUUGCAAGUGGAAAGAAGCGCCCUGCGUCGCCUCCGACGAAGGAUAUGUUCGACGUUGAAAUUCCGGAUGAUGUGCAUAAGAAGCUGAAUGGGAUAAGUAAGGAUAUCUUGCGUGUUGAGGUUGCGAACGAGUUCGCGGCAACCAAGAGGCUUGAACCUGUAUUUAAAAGCCGCCGCGAGUUUUUGAAGUCGGUCCCCAAGUUCUGGCCCGUUACGUUGAUGAACCACUCUACAUUUGUUGCACAUUGUCAGCAUGCAGACGACCAAAAAGCGCUCAUCGCUCUCGAGGAUCUCUGGGUCCAGCGUGAUGAGACUGAGCGUCGUGCCUUCAAAAUCGAAUUUCACUUUGGCGAGAACCCAUAUUUCAGCGACAAGGUGCUCGUGAAGGAGUACAAGUAUAUUCCUCCGCCCGGGGCGAAGGACGAAAAGCCAGAUGAGAAUGGCGUCACGGACUCUCAGGCCGAGUUUGACUGGGAACGGGACGUUGCUCCUCAGAAAUUUGAAAUUCAAUGGAAGAGCGACGCAGUGAAGUUGACGAAGUUGAACCCGCGCGUGAUGGAUGACGGUGAGGUUGUUGAAGCGGGCAGCUUUUUCAAUCUGUUCGAGGAGGAGAAAGAUGAAUUUGAUAUUGGUUUGACGAUCGCAAAUGAAGUGUUCCCGGACGCGAUUGAAUAUUUCACGGGCAAAAUGGACCUGUCGCUGACAGACGACGACGACAGCGAGGAGGAUGAGGAGGACGACGAUGACGACGCAGACGAGAUUGACCUGGAGAAACCUGAGCCGAAAAAGCAGAGAAAGCACUGAAGACGAAAAAUUCUUACUUAGUUCACCGCACGGUUGCCAUUCGCCGCAAGCAUGCGCCGACGACGCACUUCUGAUGCGAUGAUAUUGUUUAUUGCAGUUAAUUUUAGCCAGUUAUAUUUGUGUCCCCC